UAACAUCCAGUCAGCCAUUUACUCGCUAACUACGCGAGCACGUUCAUCCGGUCGGUACACCCGUAGUGUUGUGUGGGUGCCGUAUUAUUACAUUCAUUUGCGUUUUCCAGAAGAGAGUUGUUUCUUCGUAGAUUUUUCCAUUAUACCGUAAUUUUGUAGCGCAUUGAAAAAACCACAAUGACUGCGGAGGGUCCAGCAAAGGAGGUCGUUGAUAUCCUUCGGCAGUGGGAAGAAGAACACGCAUCGCCCAACUAUGACCCAAUCCCAACUUUAACAAAACUUGCUGUGAUGAUAGAAAUAGAAGCAGAAAACUACCAAAAAAUGGAUCCAGACCCAUUUGAUGAACGCCAUCCCUCAAGAGUGUACCCGAACUGUGCUUUAGGUCACAUGCUGAAAGUCCUUUUUCGCAAAGAUAUUUUCAUGACUAAGCUUGUAAUGGACUAUCUCAGAGAAAACUAUUACUCCCGUCAAAAUAUCAUAGGAAAAGAUGUUCGUAAGCUAAAUAUUGCAGCCUGUCGCUUGAUGUUGGACAUCAUGCCUGGUCUGGAAACAUCUGCAGUGUUUGAAACGCCAACAAAUGAUGCCCUAAUUCAACGUUUGUUUUCGUGGGCAACAGAUGCUCCUGAGCCACUUCAAACUUAUGCGACAGGUUUACUUGCAGCCGCAAUGGAAGUACAAGAUAUUGCUGCUGGGUUUAGGGAAGACAACAACAGGUUAGUUCCCUUGAUGUUAGAAAGACUUCACAAACUUCAAAGAGAAGAAAUGGAAGAGCGGACCAAGGAUUACCAGCAAAAUUGUGCCACAAAUCCAAGACCUUUUGCACAUCUAAACAGUCAUAGUAAAGAUAAUACCUUGGAUUCUUCUCCCCGGAAAAAAAUGAGAACAACCCGCAACAACAAACCACAAACAAUUUCUUUGUAUGAUACCGAUGCAUGUAUGCAGGACACGUUUGCCAAAACAGUGCCAAAAACAAAUGGAAUAUCACAGAAAGACUGUAAAGGAGGGCGGAGAUCAAGUUGUGAACUAGGUAGGAUGUCUCCACCUCGGUCUAAAGCAAGUCCCUGCCGCUUCAACGAAUCUAGCAAUUCAUCCUGGUCAGAAAUGGAACCUUUUCUGAUUGGUUCUGUGCAAAUGUAUCCACCAACCCUUGACACUAGGCAGAUGUUCAUCUUAAAGUAUUUAACUCCAAUGGGAGAAUAUCAAGAGUUCCUGAGUCACGUUUUUGAAAAGAACGCGCUUGGUUUGAUUUUAAAUUUCAUCAACAUCAAGGAAACAAAACGUUCAUCGCGGUUAGCCUUUGAAGCUCUGAAAUACCUAGCUGCACUUCUGUGCCACAAAAAGUUCUCAAUCGAGUUUCUCAGCAUGAAUGGUCUCCAGCAUCUUCUGGAAGUCCCUCAACCAGGCAUUGCAGCAACUGGUGUCUCAAUAUGCUUUUACUACUUAGCAUACUGUGAGGAUGCCAUGGAAAGAGUGUGCUUAUUACCCAAGGAAAUUCUUCAUGAAGUUGUUAGGUAUGGUCUAUGGUUACUAGAAUGUUCACAUGAUUCAGGUAGAUGUCAUGCUACGAUGUUCUUCGGUCUUUCAUUUCAAUUUCAGAUCAUCCUUGAGGAGUUUGACAGUCAAGAUGGACUUAGAAUCUUAUAUAAUGUUAUGAGUAUGUUACAACUCUUAUCAAAUGAAGGUGAUACAGUCAAUGAGGAUGAAGAAUCAUCAGCGAGGCAAAUAGUACGUCAUGUGUGCGUCGCUCUGAAACGUUACUUAGAAGCCCAUCUCUUUAUUCAGGUGCAUAAACUCCAACGAGCUGAAACAGGACUGCCAAGCAAUAAGAUUUGCAAAAGUUCACCGGAAGAAGUUUUAGAGCAGAUUGAAACCAUGAUGGAACUAUUUUCAUUUCGUGACACUUGGGAUCCUGUGAAUAAGCUCUUCAACUUCGGAGGCAUAACUCUUUUAUUGCGAGUCAUUAUUUUUGCUUAUGAGUGGAACUAUUCUGGCAGAGCUGAGACUGUACGCAGUGCACUGGAUGUCCUGAAUAUUUGCUCGAUAAUGCCCUGUGUUGCCCUGCAGUUGUGCCAGCGAGUCGAUCUACCAGAUGACGCCAACACUGUAGGAUUAAAUGUUAUAUUAGGUGCCGCAGAGGGUGAGAUAGUCGCUGAUCCUGAGGUUCAAAAAGCAGCUCUUGGAGUGAUAAUUACCUGUGUUUGUGCUCCUAUUCAUAGGUUUGGUUCCAAAAUUUCAUCAUCUAGUAACUUAAGGAAACGCUCAUCAUACACUAUCAACAGUAAAGGACUUCUGGAAAAAAUUUGGGAAUGUGUCAGAACAAAUAAUGGAAUUAUGGUGCUUCUUUCUUUGAUGACAGUCAAAACGCCUAUCACUGAUGCAGAUUACAUCAGGUGUCUAGCAUGUAGGGCUCUGGUUGGCCUUGCGCGCAGUGAAACUGUUCGUCAAAUCUUGAGCAUGCUGCCACUUUUUACAAACGGAGAAUUGCAAAGGUUGAUGCGGGAUCCAAUUUUGCAAGACAAACGUCAAGAGCAUGUUAAAUUCCAAAAAUAUGCCUUGGAGUUGCUAGAGCAGGUUUCAGGUAAAACAAAACCUGAUGGGUCAGAAUUAGAGGCGUCACUUUCAUAUAUUCAUAGGGCAAAUGUGAUAGCGCAAACGCGCAUUCAGUUUAAUGAUAAGCAGCUGUUCCAGUUGAUUCAUCAGCAUCUUUUGAGUCACGGGAUGAAGGAUUCAGCAGCAAUGCUUCAGAAAGAAGCAGGUCUUCCUGAAUUCAAGAACAACUCCAACAAUCCAUUCCUUUCGCCUUUCACUUACGCAACGCACUCCAAUCAGUGCCGUCCGCGAUGUUUGUCUGGCAACUCCCCCCUCUCUCACCCUCUUCUCAGGUUAAACACAUCAAGCCACCAACAAUCUGAUCUUGCCUCUCCAUCAAACAGUCCAUUAGGUGCAGGAUUCAGUGUACGGGGGGCUGCGACACCAGUUUGUACCAUCAAAGCCAAACCCCAGAAGCUGACUGUGGUAACAUCACAAGCAAGCAAAACUCUGCAGAAGCAGACAGAAUCGGAUCGGCUCUGUACAGCACUAGCAUCGCAGGCAAGCAAAACUCUGCAGAAGCAAACAGUAACGGAUCGCGUUAUCGCAGCAGCCUCACCAGUGCCACUCCAGUCACAGCCCCAAAGCCAAAGACUCACCCCAGAACCGCAUGUAACACUAGAAUCUAUCGUUACUGAGUAUCUCACCAAUCAACAUGCCUUGUGUAAAAAUCCUAUGGUUACCUGUCCUCAGUUUAAUUUGCUUGUACCUCACAAGUGUCCAGAUCCAAAGCCUCGGAAUUUGAUUCCUGGCAACUUCACAAUGCGCUACUGCAAGGGUCUCCAGUCUCGUAGGUUGGAUCAGCGAUUAAUCCACAGCAGGUUUUGCCCUGUACGAACUUUUAGGUUAAGUGAAGACGAUGGUUAUUUCACGUGUUGUGAGUUUCUGUCUGAUAAGUAUUUAAUGGUCGGCACGUAUGGAGGAGAAGUUAAAAUGUUCAACCUUCAAACUGGCGCUGACGAUUUGACAUAUGCUUGUCAUGAAGGCUAUAUAUCAAACUUAGAAUGUAAUAAAGCUGGAAAUCUCCUUCUAUCCUCAACAACUUGGAGACGGCCUUUAUCUGCCAUGUGGAGUGUUGACAAAGUUUUUGAACAGAAGUAUGCAUUCUAUGAAGAAGAGUUUAUAGAAUUUAGCAAAUUAGUCCAAGAUAAAGUUAUAGGAACCAAAUCUGAUAUUGCAACGAUUUACGAUAUCGAGACAGGGAAGAAACUAUGUUCAUUAAAGCCAACAAUGUCCAAUCAGUACAACAAAAAUCGAGCUACAUUUAGUCCCACCGAUGAACUAGUCCUCUCUGAUGGUGUCCUCUGGGAUGUCAAUUCGGGCAAAGAGAUACACAAGUUAGAUAAACUGAACCAAACUCUCAGUGGUGUCUUCCAUCCAAAUGGCCUAGAAAUCAUAUCAAACACAGAAGUUUGGGACCUUCGCACAUUCCAUUUACUCAGGACUGUCUCAACUUUGGACCAGUGUAGUGUUAUCUUCCCUCCAACAGCAGCCGCUAUUUAUGCUGUUUCUUUAGAAAAAGAAAAUGAAGAAGAAUCUGUGUUUGAAACUUCAUUCAAAACACUAGAUCCAUACGACUAUUCAAGUAUAAUCACGGUAGACGUGAAGAAGAACAUUUACCACUUAGCAUGCAACAUGUAUGACACUAGCAUAGCUAUCGUUGAGAAUCUAGGAGACUGUGAAAACGUUGAUGAGUCUACGGUGAGAUUAUACGAUGUUGGCCGCUACCGAGAUGAUGAUGACGAGGGGCAGGAUGAAGAAGAAGAGGAAGAAGAAGACAUGGAAAAUUCCGAUGGAUCAGGCUCAGAUGAUGAUCAGCAAGAUGACGCGGUCAGUUUCAGUAUCAUUGACGGUGGCUCAGGUUCAGAAAUAAGUGAUGAUGGUGGAGAAGAUGACAACGAGUUGGAGAGUGAUGCCGAUGGUGAGGCCGAUGCUGAUGGCUCCUCAAACGAUGACGAUGAUGACUCUGAAAUGGAAGAUCUUGGAUCUUGAGCUGGGCUGUUGAUCAGCCAAACCUAAGAUAAUUUGCUCAUCGUUGAAUCUGAUGACAUUCAAUUAAACUGCACCUGUGAUCGAAAUUUCACUCAUUUAAAUUCCUGCACGAGUGACCAGUCAAGAAUGUGUUUUAUAUCUUUCAUUUUCCUUUGGAACUCAAAGGGACUGUGAGUUCUGUUAUAGCUAAGUUUGUUCAUUUUGUAAAUUUUUUUUUAAUUUUGUUAUUAAGGCAGGUUGAACCUGUUGAUUGAGUUAAGAACUCAGCCACUUUGGUGGCGCUGACCAGUAGCAUGACCCCGGGACUGUCAUGUAAUUUGAAGGUGUAGAAUAUGUGACAGAUAAAAUUCAGGGAAUCUCACUUGACUAGUACAUACAUACCUAGUUUAUAACUUGUUUUACGAAAGUCAUUUCCUAAGGUUUGUGUAUUCUUUGCACUUUUAGUGUGAACUCCAUUUGAGUUUUUUUAGUUUCUUUUUAAGCUUUGCUCAGUUUUUAAGACUCUUUUAUUGUUUGUUUUACUUUGUCCUUUUUCAACCAACAUGUAGUUCUAUUCAUUUUUAUUAACGAACUGCUCUCUUUCUUUCCUUUACUUUUUAAAAAAAGGAUUUUAUCAGUGAUUUUCAUUUCCAAACAUUUCACCACAAAAAAGUUUUUUAUAAUUUCUUGCGACCUCAAGUUGCUUUUAAAAAAAAACAAACGAAAAACUAUUCACUCGCCUAUCUACUGUAUUAAUCAUCUCUUUUUUGUCUUUGUUUGCAUUACUCUGUCGUCAAGAAUGAAUAAAUGUUUGUCCUCAAACCUA